GAAAAAGUGUUGGAAGUCAUCUCACGCAACCAUUUGAGAGAAAAGGUUUGGUUUGUCUCGUGGAUCAGGAGAACUGCGGACAUCUCAUGGCAUUGAAUAGGCGACGUCUGUUUCUUUUCCCCUUGGGAGCAAGACAUGGUGCAGUUCACCCUUGCUUCGAUCAGUGGUUCCUCUGUCCGUCUCACCUCCACCAUCAGAGGACCGAGAAAGAGCAGACAAGCGGAGGGGAGAGGGCUGGCGACAUGAGCCCCAUAUCUAUCGGUGUGUUGUAACAUGGCAACCACUCCAACGAGGAGUUCUCACACUUGGUAUGAUUAGCUCAACGACGAAGAAUACGUAACGCAUUACGUGGGGUACAAGUUGCAGUGGGACAAAGCUUAUAAGCCAAGUGUAGCGGUGGAGGUGUAUCAACUCCAACCCGUAUGUGUACCACAGGGAGUUAACGAGACCUUCGAGUAGAUGUGGAGUGGGGUGGGUGGGCUGUGGCAGGGGAGGCAAAGGUCACGCACCCUUUCCCAUGUGAAUCCACGCAGUCAUCUCUCCCCACGCACCUUCCCAUUCUGAAAGCUCGUCUAUGGUCCUCCUUUAUUCAUUGGUAAGUAGCGAGAGGAGGAUACAGGGGGAUACUGGGAGUAGCGGGUUGAGGAGAUAAAAGAAACAAAGCAGAGAUUGGACAGGAGCCGAGGGAUGGAUGUGUGCGACACCAGCCUUGCUCUCGGGCUGGGCGUCGGGGGAAGGAGCACGGCGCCGUCGAGCGGUACUACUCGUCGCAGGCGGGAAGUGCCCUGCUCGCCUCUCAGGAGCUUGAUGGCACAGAAGCAGCCAUCACUGAUGUUAAGCCUUCCUCAUGAUGUCUACAACGGGGAAGCGAACAAGGGGAGCGAGGAGGGGCGGCAAGCCCGGCCGUCGUCUCCUCACAGCACGGUCUCAUCCUUUUCGACUGCCUACACUCCGACGACGAUGAAGAAGGAGAAAGACGACGGCGGCAGCGGCGGCGGCGGCGAGGAAGCAGAUACAGCGAGGGCCGACUCCCGCGGCGGUAGCUACGACGAUAACGACGACGGCAGUCCUAGGAAGAAGCUUAGACUCACGAAGGAGCAGUCGGCCCUGUUGGAAGACAGGUUCAAGGAGCACAGUACCCUCAAUCCUAAACAGAAGCAUGCUUUGGCCAAGCAAUUGAAUCUGCGGCCACGACAAGUGGAAGUAUGGUUCCAAAAUAGGAGGGCAAGGACCAAGCUCAAGCAGACCGAAGUCGACUGCGAGUUUCUGAAGAGGUGCUGCGAGUCGCUGACCGACGAGAACCGGCGACUGCACAAGGAGCUACAGGAGCUGAAGGCCCUCAAACUCGCGCCGCCGCCGGUCUGCAUGCAGUUCCCGGCGGCCACCCUCACCAUGUGCCCUUCCUGCAAGACCAUAAGAGCCGCCGCCGACGGCCCCAAAGGCGGCGGCGCCGAGCCUUUUGUGGUCGCACCAGCAAAGCAUCACUUCUUCCACCCUUUCAUCCAUUCAGCAUCAUGUUAGCUGGGGAAGACGAACUCCUCCCAACCCCUCUUUUUUAUUAUAUAUUUUUUUUAAUUUUUAAUCUAGGGCUUGGGAAUUACACUCGAUACUUAGCAUCACUCGACUGGUUAUGGACGACGAAGAAGCAAUUGCAUCUGGUACCGCCAAGUAUUAUUGACAGACCGAUUGCUUUAUGUUCCUUACAAGUCAUCUUUGUCCGCUGUACAGAAGACAUGAUUCUUAUAUGUGUAA